UUAGGUGUUUCAAGGAAGAGAACUUCAAUCUACUUGGAUCUGGGAAAUAUGGACUGGAGAAAAUGCCUUCUGGGCAUUAAUGUCCUGGUUUUAUGUGGCAUAAUUCCUGUGCUGUCGUAUGAUUAUGGUCCGGAGGAUGUGAAGCUUGAUCUGGUAUUCAGUCAGUAUGGUUACAGCGUCCCAGAUGACAUGUUUUCUACAAUUAAUGUAUACGAACGGGAGGGUCGCUCAAAUCUCGCACACACAAUCGGCUCUAUCACUGAACAGAACAAUAUAAAGAUCCAUGCAUUACUGCCAGAAAUCGAUGAUGACGAAGCAUGUUACUUUGCAGUCGGGUUUCUCUCACCACUUGACUCUACGACUGGUUACAGAGCAUUUCCUAACAGAACAGAAUGCAUGAACAGUCAAAUGGAGGAGAAUUACUAUUACUAUGAAAAGAAUACUAGUAUGGAGCGGAAACGUAUGCCAACAAUUGGUGUUGCAGACGAGAUUCUGAGAUAUCCGAAAUGCAUCAAUUCGUCAGAAGACCUUGAAGAAGUGAACUGGUUAAACAUUAUCAGAGAGAACAAUCGCCCACACUGCGGUAUGUACAGGUUGGUGAUUAUGCUGGAUCCGAUGCACCGGGCUGAAAAUGAUCCAGACUUCUGUAACAACUUUGUAACCAUUGACGUCAAUUUCGACUGCUCAGACCGUGACUUCCCUGAGCCGACAUGUGAACUGGUAUCCCCUGACUCCGAUGACAAAGAGGAAGCUUUAAUGUUCAUUAAAGACGAGAUGCAUGAUCAAAUGUACAAUUACCGGAAGCGCUUUCGGCACCGCGUACGAAUGUUCACGAAAGAUGGAAAUAUGCAUACUAACUGGCGUGAAGAAAAACCUGACAGUGAGACGAUGGUAGAAGAAAAUCACAAAUUUCGGGCAAUGAAGAAAAUGUUGAGUAGAUAUGUAGAAGGUCAAAUAGAGGAACGUGGUGUUGCUAAAAUUUGUCCAGGAGAUGUAAAAAGUCAACUGGACGAGUUACAAGGUUUACCAACAAAAGUAAACCAAUGGGAAGAAAGAAUGCAUGAGCCAGGCAAAGGAAUGUAUCGCACAUUUCUUUCAAUACUAUCGGACAGUGUGAAAUCUAUGCACGAAUUUGAAAAUUCGCUUGAUGAAAGCAUUGUAAGAAAGGCUCUUGAGAAAGUCCAUUCGAACGAGCAUAAUGGAACGAUUUCGACUGGUCUAGCUGCACGUGUAAUAAAUGAACUGGUAAAUCAACUGCGGGCAAAUAAUAAAGAAUAUGCCAAGAAGCAUGUGGCCAUGUAUGCAUGUGAAGUCUCGCAUAAUCUAGAAUCUUUGAUGCACGAGUAUUCCGUGGACAACGAGUACUCUUAUUAUGGCGGUGAAAGAAGAUACCAGUAUGUGUCUGGCGAAAUGGCUUACACGACAGCCACACUAGCUGUGGGUCUCAUGUAUUUCUAUCCAGAUUUCUACGACAGGUGUUACAGAAACAUUCUCAUACGUUUGAAUAACUUGACAAAAGAAGUCUAUAAUGGACGGUCAGAUCUACGCUGGAUGAUGGAUGAGAGUUUCCUUGAGGCACUGAAUAACAGGAAAAAUAACUUAACCGAAUAUCAGUACUACGAAAUCAUGCGCAACUGUGGAAAGCCCAACCCGUGCCUAAAGAAACUACGGAGCAUGUGUGACCAGACCGAUUCGCAGAUGGCGUAUGAAAAGCCUGUUGAAACACUCCGUGAGGAUAUCUGCAAAAAGAAGAAGAUGAAAGAAAUAAUGUCCCGCCAUGCACAGCGUGUCUCGAAGGAAGACAUGAUGCCCAACAACCCAUUCGAUGCUGUUUGCCACGGCGGAGACAAAAUGUCGAUGGGAAGGUCGUCAAUGAUGAAAAUAGAAAACGGUGUGAUCAUGAAUGUUUCAUUGAAUCUGGACAAUACAAAGGUUAUCAUAAACCCCGUAGCACGGUGUAGAUGCCAGAAGUGUGACAGUCGCACUUACGAUACGGACGACUACGAUUCUAGUGACAGCUACGAGAAAUACGAGUAUGGCGAUAGUGGUAGUAUGCCCGAGCAUAGUGGUGACAAUUACAAGGACAGGACUAGGCCACAUACUACUCCUAGAUAUGGUGAUAUGCCAACGAAGAAUCCAGAAAAAGAACCACCAUCCAAGCAGCCCUACUACAAGAAAAAAUAAAUGAAUUCUAUCCCAUCAGAAAUGACACAAGUUUAUCAUUAUAUGUUUAUCUUGUUUCCAACUAUAAGCAAAAAGUAAUGAUAAUUGUAACAUUUCAUGGAUUUUGCAAAAGCAAUACAAACGUAUCUGUCUAUGCCAACGCUACAGAGACUAAUAGAGAAAUAAUAUUUCAGCUGUUUUGGAUGUUCACGGACUUUGGCAACACAUUUGAUUUCCGACAGUCUUUUACUUGUUUCUCCUUUUAAUUUGUGAUGUGAAUUUUAUUUAUAAUCAUUUUAUGCAAAGCAAUAUUUCAUAAUACAUAGUUUAUAUGUGAAAAUACUGUUUUCUGACUUGUACACGAGACCUACAACUGCUGGGAUUAAAGCAUGGAAGGUUCGAGAAGAACCCAUAGCAAAACCUCAUUGCUUAAUCUCGUGCUGCGGUUGUAGAUGGAAAAGACGUAUACCAGGUCCAAUUACCAGAAUUUUGUAUUUAUAUAUAACUGAAUUUGUUUUAUACAUUCUAUAUUUUGUGAUAUUGAAAAAUGGACUUUUUUAGAAAAAACCUAAAAGGUUUUAAUUAAAUAUAAGAAAAACUUCACAAUGAAGCACAAUUUAGUAACAAGUUGGAUUGUAUUAGUAAAUGGAUGUCAAAUUAACAGAAUUUCUUUUGACUACCAGAUGACUGGUAGAAAAAGCUCUUGUUUAAAAUAUGGCUUUUAAUUUUUGUGCUAAUUUUCUGUCAAAAUACCAGCAAAAAUAGUAUGCCUAUUGUUGAGUCAUUUAAUUUUGAGGUUUCAGCUGAAAUGGCUUUUUUCGUGGGGAUACAUACUUGUAGGGAUACAUACUUGUGGAUAUCAAAUUUGAAAGAUAAACAAAUCUAGAAAGUUACUCGUUUGUUUGUGAUUGAAACAGGCUCGAAAUCCAUGAACAUUGUCCCCUAAGAAUAUCAAUGAUUUCACAGUAAUUGAUCUGAUAAAACCAUUAGGGUAAACCUACCUCCAUACAGAGUCAGACACAGAAGUCUACUUGAAUAGCUAGAUAAAAUUCAUAAGAAUAUCAUAUACGCUGAACAAAACUGUACAAAUACUCCUACUUUAACAACAACUUUUUGGCACAUUUCAAAGCAAUGACAUAAAUUAUGUUCAGAGAAUAUGUCCAACCAAAAUAAUUUCUUUUCAUGAAGCCUAGUUUAAAACGUUAUGUUUUGCAAGAUGAUAAAAUUUUUGGAUAAAAAUGCAAUUAAAUUUAUUCGUUUCAAGUAGUUUUCUUUAAGCAACAGUAAAAAAAAUAUUGUUUUUCGUUUUCAUUUGUGUGUGCGGGGUGGGGGGGGGGGGUUGUAUAUAUGUUAUUUUUAUCAUAUUUUUUAUUUUCGUUGUCAUGCCACUGGUAUGCGUGAAACUGAUUGUAAAGAACAAACAUAAGGCUGAUCAGAAGUCCAUAUAAUGUGACAAUAUUAAUAACAGUCACCAAUGUCAUGCAGAAUUCAAUAACUAUAAUGGUAAUUACAAGAAUUACAAUUUUGUCAAGCAGUUUGUUUAGUACAUUAUGUAUUAAGUAUGUGCGAGUGGAUGGAUGGGUAUGAGAUUUCAUUUAUUUUAGUUAGUAUGUCGUAGCUAUCCUGUCCAUCUUUGUUUCGAGAUUUCUAAACUUUGCACUUUCUCUAUAAUAAAUAUCUUGGAAAAAGCAAA